AAAAUGUAGGCACCAGAAAAUACGUCAAAUGCUGAUGAAAUUUCUGUAACUUAUUUUUUGAUUUUGGUGUUUAUGCAGCCAUAAUAAAAAACAUAGACAUUGAUCAUUUGGUUCUAAAACAAAAUCGAGGAUGAUAGAAUGGUCGAAGCAGCUCAAAUCCGCCUUUGGGGCUUCAUUUUUAUGGCUCAUUUGUUUGAUCUACUUCACUCAGGGUUUUAGAUCCUUUGUCUGGACAGCAGUUUCUUAUCAUCUAAAGGACGAGCUGAAGUUGUCUCCGUCAGCUUCCCAGUUUGUAUCCACAGUAGCAUUUUUCCCUUGGAGCAUAAAACCAUUAUAUGGAAUUAUAUCAGAUUGUAUACCCAUAAGAGGGAGGAGAAGAAUUCCUUACCUGAUUAUUUCGACAGUGUUUUCCCUAGUGCCGUGGAUUAUCUUAGGCCUAAAUGCUUCACUGAGAUCAUCCAAAUUGCCUCUCAUGAUCUUUUUAACAGUACAGAAUAUAGGCUCUGCUAUGGCGGAUGUCGUGGCUGAUGCAAUGAUUGCGGAAGCGGUUAGGUCUGAGCGGGCUUCAUUUGCUGGAGAUCUUCAGUCAAUAUGUAUGAUGUCCAGUGCCAUGGGAGGAAUAUUUGGGAGUUUGCUGGGAGGAUAUGCACUGAGUUACUUGCAUAUAAAUGCCAUAUUUCUGCUUUUCGCCAUUCUUCCAGCUUUACAGCUUGUGUCCUGUGGUUUGGUUAAGGAGAGUCCUAUGAAUACCAAAGAUUUUAGCGAAGAUUUGAGUUUGACAAGCUCACAUAUGAGUAAUGAGGAUGGUAAUGCAGAAAAUGUGGACCAUUUGUCGAAUGGUUCCUCAAAAACUAGCAUUUCAAGGAGAAAGAAGGGCAAAAAGAACAGAAAGAAAGCAAUUAUUUCCAAUAAAUCUCGUAAGGAGGUCAAGAAUAAGUCAUUAGGAUUACAAUGGUUUUUCUCAUUGAAGUUGGCAAGUCACAGCUUAUUUGAUGCUUUUAAGCAGCCAAUCAUCUUGAGACCCAUGGCUUGGUUUUUCUUGGCGCUCAUUACCUUCCCCAACAUCUCAACCGUCAUGUUCUACUAUCAGACGGAAUUCUUGAACUUGGAUGCGUCCUUCCUUGGAAAUGUGCGAGUUGUAGGCUGGUUAGGCCUAAUGCUUGGAACAUCCGUUUACAACAAGUUCUUGAAGAGAAAGAAGUUACAAACAACUCUAAUGUGGGCCCAAAUUGGCAUCUCUAUGCUAAUCCUGAUCGACGUGCUUUUGGUUUCUCGAGCAAAUAUUGCAUAUGGGAUUUCAGAUAAAAUGCUGGUCUUAUGUGGGAGUGCUGUUGCAUACGCAAUUGACCAGUUCAAGUUCAUGCCAUUUCUGAUAUUAUCUGGACAGCUGUGCCCUCCAGGCAUAGAAGGGACUUUAUUUGCACUCUUCAUGUCGAUAAACAACUUGGGAGCCACAGUGAGCUCAUUUGUAGGUGCUUGGUUGGCGUCAAAUUUGAACAUUUCAUCGGGUUCUUUUGACAACCUCCUCAUUGGCGUUGUUAUUCAGUUCUUUAGCUCUUUCAUACCCCUGGCUUUUCUCUUUCUGAUACCUAAGGAAGCCACAGGCUUAUCCGCAUAGAUAGGCCAACUACCACCAGUACAAAACUUACAGGAAAAACAUACACCAUUACCUCCCUUUUCAUAGUUAGCACAAUACAGAAAAAUCAUUGAUUAGAGAAUGAUAGAUCAUGGGUAUAGCCGUAUAGCAUAGAAAAUGUAGCCUCAUUACUCUGGCAUAGAGCUAAAUUUUUGUCCUUGGAAUUUUGUAAAUUGAUUUUGUAAACUACCAGAGAAGUUGCAGGCUUACUGUUCUGAGGAUUCAAUUGAUUGCUUGUAGGCGUCGUAGCAUCGUUCAUGGACAAGGUAAUGUUCAACUGAGAUAUCAUGUAGCUUCUAGUCUUCAUGGAUAGUUUGGUGCAAGUAAUUGCGGCAUUAUAGAAAUUGAUUCAGUUCUUUCAAAAUAAUCAGUAUUGUAUCUGCAAGUUCUUUUUUUUUUUUUUAACUUCUGUUGAUUAGGAAAUUCCAAUAAAAUUCUCUGAAAA